GUCGUUGGAAAGAAGAAGAGAGAGAGAAAAAAAACGCUGAGCAGCAGCAACAGCCCAGAAGCACCGCAGUCGCAGUCCCCUUCCGCGUUUGCAAGAGAAUCCAGACCGGUUAUUGCCUCUCCCGAGCCUACCGACAGAUAGCAUCAGCGGUAGGAGGGGAUACGGAGACUCCUGCAGGCUAAUUGUAGCAGCCAGCGUUUGCAGGUGUAACACUGAUCCCUCUGUGCGAGAAACUGGGGUUUAAUCUAGGCGAGCCGUUCUGUGACUUAAGAGAGAGAAAGAGAGAGAGAGAGAAAAAAAAACUGGGAGAAUGUUGUACCAAGUACAAUGAGAACAGAUUUGUCUCGCGCGCACAAUUUCACCUGUGACUCCCGCGAACACAGAUUUGAUGAGCAAUUUUGAAGCGUCUUUGGAAUCUUAAAAAAAAAGUGGAUCUCGUUUAUUUGACAAUCAUGAGAAAUACUUGGUUGUCGCCGCGGAGUGCGCUUUUGGAAUACUGUACAGCGCUUGUUUUGUCUCUCUUUUGGAUUCAGUAUUCUUGCGGGAUGCCCCAUGUCAUUCGAAUAGGAGGGAUUUUUGAGCAGACGGAGGGCCCGGUGGCCAUCGUCAGCGCGGAGGAGCAGGCCUUCAAGUUCGCCGUCAACAACAUCAACAGGAACAGGACCCUGCUGCCCAACACCACGCUCACCUACGACAUCCAGAGGAUAAACAUCUACGACAGCUUCGAGGCGUCCCGGAAAGCGUGCGACCAGCUGUCGCUGGGGGUGGUGGCCAUCUUCGGCCCCUCCCACAGCUCCUCGUCCAACGCCGUGCAGUCCAUCUGCAACGCCCUGGAGGUGCCGCACAUCCAGGUGCGCUGGAAGCACCACCCCAUGGACAACCGAGACACCUUCUACGCCAACCUGUACCCCGACUACUCCUCCCUCAGCUACGCCAUCCUCGACCUGGUCCAGUUCCUCAAAUGGAAGACCGCGACAGUCGUGUACGAUGACAGCACGGGUCUUAUAAGACUACAGGAACUCAUAAUGGCCCCCUCCAGGUACAACAUCAGGUUAAAAAUUCGGCAGCUCCCCCUGGACUCCGAGGACACCCGGCCGCUCCUCAAGGAGAUGAAGAGGGGGAGAGAGUUCCGGAUCAUCUUCGACUGCAGCCACACGAUGGCUGCGCAGAUCUUAAAGCAGGCCCUGGCCAUGGGUAUGAUGACGGAGUAUUACCACUACAUCUUCACCACUCUGGACCUGUUCGCCCUGGACCUGGAGCCGUACCGCUACUGCGGCGUGAACAUGACCGGCUUCCGCAUCCUGAACGUGGACAACCCCCAGGUGGCGUCCAUCGUGGAGAAGUGGUCCAUGGAGAGGCUGCAGGCCACGCCCAAACCGGAGUCCGGCCUCCUCGACGGGGUCAUGACGACAGAUGCUGCUCUGACGUACGACGCGGUCCACAUCGUGUCCGUGUCCUACCAGCACGCCCCGCAGAUGACCGUCAACUCCCUGCAGUGCCACCGGCACAAGCCCUGGAGAUUCGGCGGACGCUUCAUGAGCUUCAUCAAGGAGUCGCAUUGGGACGGGCUCACGGGUCGCCUGGUGUUCAACCGGACGAGCGGCCUGCGGACGGACUUCGACCUGGACAUCGUCAGCCUCAAAGAGGAGGGGCUGGAGAAGGUGGGGAAGUGGAGCUCGUCGGGCGGCCUCAACAUCACCGAGCUUCCCAAACGGAGAGGGCUUAACAUCACGGACUCGCUGUCCAACCGCUCGCUCAUCAUCACCACCAUCCUGGAGGAGCCCUACGUGAUGUUUCGGAAGUCGGACAAGGCGCUGGCGGGGAACGAGCGGUUCGAGGGCUUCUGCAUCGACCUGCUGAAGGAGCUGGCCAACGUGCUGGGCUUCUCCUACGAGAUCCGGCUGGUGCCCGACGGGCGCUACGGCUCGCAGGACGAGAAGGGCCAGUGGAACGGGAUGGUGCGGGAGCUGAUGGAGCACAAAGCAGACCUUGCUGUGGCCCCGCUCACCAUCUCGUACCUGCGGGAAAAGGUGAUCGACUUCUCCAAGCCCUUCCUGAGCACGGGGAUCAGCAUCCUGUACCGGAAACCCAACAGCACCAACAACGGCUUCUUCUCCUUCCUCAACCCCAUGACCCCCGACAUCUGGGUCUACAUCCUGCUGGCCUACCUGGGCGUCAGCUGCGUCCUCUUCGUCAUCGCUAGAUUCAGCCCCUACGAGUGGUACGAUGCCCACCCCUGCAACCCCGGGUCAGACGUGGUGGAGAACAACUUCACCCUCCUCAACAGCUUCUGGUUCGGCGUGGGAUCCCUGCUGCAGCAAGUUUGGAUGGUGAAUGCUGUGAUACAGGACAGUGCUGUUGUCAGCAUCUACAUGCUCCCCAGAGCUUGA